AUGACUUCUGAAUUCUAUAACAGUGAUCAGUAUAUACAGCUGCGCGAGUCUAUCAAAGGCCGAAAUGUUACCAUACCAAACCUAUACAAGCUACUUCCUGAUUGGGAACUCAAAAUUCAUCCCAUGUACCAGAAGGCACGAGAUGAAUGUCUGGCUCCCUGGAUGCGACGCUAUGUGGAUGAUGAUCUCACAAGGCGAAAAUUUGAACAGGCCGAUUGCACUCUGUUUUCUGCUAUCCUUUGCUCAGACACUUCGUAUGAGAAACUCUGCACGGUGGCAAAAUACAUGUUUUGGUAUUUCAUCUGGGAUGACUGUGAGUUCCCAUUCUUCCCAUUUAUGACUGACUAUGCUGAGGAAUAUGAUUUCCGUCUGGAAUAUUUCAAGUACAAUCUUCUCCUAGAAGGCGAAUAUCCAGACAUAUCACAGUUUCCAGUGGAGCAGCAAAAGGCAUUGCGUUGCUGGGAUGAAGUUGGAGCACACAUUCGCCAGGACUGUGACAGAGAAACUUGCCAGAUCCUUCUCGAACAAAUGCUGGGAUAUGUUUCCAGCGUUAGCAACGUUGACAGUCUGUUCAGCAGCAGUGCCAUGCCAUCGGUGGAGAGUUACUGGCAACGGAGGGAGCGGACAGCAGCUGUGUACUGUGUUAUAUGCACCUUUCCCUUUGCAUAUGGAUUCAAUAUUACGAGGGCUCACGUGGAGAAAGAGCACAUGUCCCGCAUGUGGAAACAUACAUCUUACUUGGCUCACAUAUCAAACGAUAUACACUCAUUCCAAAAGGAAUAUAAUGAUGGACAGCUGGAGAACCUGAUUCCGGUGCUUAUGGCAAACAUAGGACUUGAUGUUAACCAGGCAAUGCAGCUCAGCUACCAUAUUUGUCGUUUAGAAGUCGAGGGCUUCUGCGCCAAUGCAGAUAGGCUCUGUGUGGGUGAGGACGCCCAAGGACGACGUAUUCGGGAAGUCUUCAUCAAUUGCUGUACGGACAUGUUCAUGGGACUCAUACACUGGAGGUAUUACAGAACCCUGGCCAAAUAG